CGGCGCUCGGCUGAAAAGGCACCCUCGGCCAGAGCGCCGGCCCAGGUGUGAGAGCCGGCGGCGCGGGGCUGCGGGAGAGCGGCCACCCCGGCUGAGCGGCACCCGGGAACGCGGUGUUCAGCACCCGCCAGGGCGCUCCUUGGACUACUCCGCGCGUCUCCGGGAGCCAGAGCCCUGCAGGUGCCGCCUCUCCUCGCCCUCUAGCUGCAGCCGCCCGACCAUGGAGUCGCCGGUUCAGAUCUUCCGCGGGGAGCCGGGCCCCACCUGCGCCCCGAGCACCUGCCUGCUCCCCAACGACAGCGGCUGGUUCCCGGGCUGGGCCGAGCCGGACGGCAACAGCAGCGCGGGCUCCGAGGACGCGCCUCUGGAGCCCGCGCACAUCUCCCCGGCCAUCCCGGUCAUCAUCACGGCGGUCUACUCCGUGGUGUUCGUCGUGGGCUUAGUGGGCAACUCUCUGGUCAUGUUCGUGAUCAUCCGAUACACGAAGAUGAAGACAGCAACUAACAUUUAUAUAUUUAACCUGGCUUUGGCAGAUGCUUUAGUUACUACAACCAUGCCCUUCCAGAGCACGGUCUAUCUGAUGAAUUCCUGGCCAUUUGGGGAUGUGCUGUGCAAGAUAGUCAUUUCCAUUGACUACUAUAACAUGUUUACCAGCAUAUUCACCUUGACCAUGAUGAGUGUGGACCGAUACAUUGCUGUGUGCCACCCUGUCAAGGCUUUGGACUUCCGCACACCCUUGAAGGCAAAGAUCAUCAAUAUCUGUAUUUGGCUUCUGUCUUCAUCUGUUGGCAUAUCUGCAAUAGUUCUUGGAGGAACCAAAGUCAGGGAAGACGUGGAUGUCAUCGAGUGCUCCUUGCAGUUCCCGGAUGAUGAUUACUCCUGGUGGGACCUCUUCAUGAAGAUCUGCGUCUUUGUCUUUGCCUUCGUGAUUCCUGUCCUCAUCAUCAUUAUCUGCUACACCCUGAUGAUCCUGCGCUUAAAGAGCGUCCGACUCCUUUCUGGCUCCCGAGAGAAAGAUCGCAACCUCCGUCGGAUCACCAGGCUUGUCCUUGUGGUGGUGGCAGUCUUCAUCAUCUGUUGGACUCCCAUUCACAUUUUUAUUCUUGUGGAGGCUCUGGGGAGUACCUCCCACAGCACGGCUGCCCUCUCCAGCUAUUACUUCUGCAUCGCCUUAGGUUACACCAACAGCAGCCUGAACCCCAUUCUUUAUGCCUUUCUUGAUGAAAACUUCAAGCGGUGUUUCAGGGACUUCUGCUUUCCCAUUAAGAUGAGGAUGGAGCGACAGAGCACAAGUAGAGUCAGAAAUACACUUCAGGAUCCUGCUUACAUGAAGGAUGUUGAUGGGAUAAAUAAACCAGUAUGA